AUGCCCGUUUUCAUCAUAAUGCCUAGUGUCGCGAUAUUUCUACCGAUGCUAACAACAUGCCAGCAGCAUCCAGUCCACCAUUCGGUUGCUUUCGUACAGAGAAUGGACGAGGGUCCCAUCGUGGGGUCUCUACCACGAAACCCUCACUGGCACCAGAUCACGGCUGUGAGGAAGAGAUCACCGGAAGCCAUGCAGUACUACAGCCCUAACCAAAUGGCUUAUUACAGCGCGGACUACGCCUACGCUCAAAACCCACAGAGCUACCCGAACCACGUUAACGGGUACCGGGUGGAUUCCGCGGCGUCUGGAAGCUCGACUCCUAACGACGGGAGGCUGCUGUCAGACUCCGCCUUCACCAGGAUAUCGGAGACCCUCGGGGCGAUCAACACGGUGGGCCACUACCUGGUGGACAUCGUGAACGAGAACGAGCGGAACGAGUCGGACCCGAACCUGCAACAGCUCCCGCAGGCGCUGUACACGAUAAGCAAGAACGUCUUAGGCCGCAACGUGACGGACAAGAUCGCGCCCAUAGUGAAGAAAGCGCUGCCCAAAGUGCUGCCGGACGCUCCCAUCACGAAGAUAGCGACCGGGGACUCGAGCUCCAGCUUCGAGGACGAUGCGAAGUCCUGCACAACCCCCGAAGGGGAGGCAGGCGUCUGCGAGGACUUAAGCAACUGCCCGCAACUGCUGCUCAACCUGAUAAAUCUGCGGGAGUCGUUGUGCUUCAAAGACCUCUUUGUUCCCGGGGUCUGUUGCCCGAGGGACGCUGUCGUGCCGUCCACUACCGCUGUUGAGAAGCCCGUGGCGGCGACCACAGUGAAGCCGACCUACCUGGUGCCCGUUACAACCCAUAAGCCCCCCAAAACCACGACAAAGAGCCCGUCCGCCAUUCUCGUGCUCACCACCAAGAGGCCCAAACCCCAGCCGACGCCCAGCACAACCAGGACCCCACCAACGUCAGUGGCAGAAGUGACGACACCACGACCGCCUUCCACUACAACUUUCUACACUGAAACACCACCAUCUAUCGGCAACUAUUCGAACAUAGUUGACGUUAAUGAUUGCGGGCAGAGGGAGGACGAGGGCGGCCGCAUAGUGGGGGGCACGGAGGCGAAGUCGGGCGCCUGGCCCUGGAUGGCGGCCAUAUACCUGCACGGCAGCAAGCGCCGCGAGUUCUGGUGCGGGGGCACCCUGGUGGACAAGCGGCACGUGCUCACUGCAGCGCAUUGUACGAGGGACUCUAAGCAGAGGCCGUUUCCUGCGCGCCAGUUCAGCGUGCGGUUGGGCGAUGUGGACUUAGGGCGUGACGACGAGCCCUCGCGGCCUGUCACGCUGCGAGUGACCGCUGUCAGGGCACACGAGCAAUUCUCCAGGGUCGGCUUCUACAACGACAUGGCUGUACUGGUCCUAGCUGAGGACGUGCAGAAGUCGAAGUACGUGAUCCCGAUCUGCCUGCCGCGCGGCGAGCUGGCGCGGCGGCAGUUCGACGGCGCGCUCGCCACGGUGGUGGGCUGGGGCACGACGCGCUACGGCGGCGCCGAGAGCGCGCGCCAGCUCGAGGCGCGGCUGCCCGUCUGGCGCAACGAGGACUGUGACCGCGCCUACUUCCAGCCGAUCACGGACACCUUCCUGUGUGCCGGCUACGCGCGCGGCGGCGUCGACGCCUGUCAGGGUGACUCCGGUGGACCGCUCAUGCUGCUAGCGAAUGGACGGUGGAUUCAAAUAGGCGUGGUGUCGUUCGGGAAUAAAUGCGGUGAACCGGGAUAUCCGGGGGUUUACACCAGGGUGACGCGCUACUUGCCCUGGCUGCAGCAAAACUUAACA